AUGCCUUCCCCUGCAUGCCUUGGUGAGCUGCACGAAAUGGCACGCAUGGUGCUACAGGGUUGCUGUCUCACUACCUCGCCCUCUCUUGCUGCUCUCUCUCUUUCCUUCCCCAUGACAGAUGACAGUGAACUGCACAUCAUGUGCCAAGCCCCCUACCUCCAAGUGGGCCAGAAGGUCUGCAUCAACUCCCCACUCCUCGCAUCCCUCCUCACCGCAUCCAGCACCUCCUUCUCGCUCUACACCGUGCAUCCCAACGACUCCCUCGCCCUCAUCUCCUCCAGGUUCAUCAUGCGCUGCACCACCUCCUACGUCUCCCCCGCCGCCAUCGCCGCCGCCAACAACAUCGUGGAAACCUCCCCUCUAGUAGCCAACACCCAGCUCAUCAUCCCGUGCGAUGUGCGCGUGGGGAUCCUCGAUUGCGGCUGUGCGCAGUCCCUCCCGGUGUGCGGCGCGGACUACAUCAUGUACCCGUCGUACUGCGACGCGCUCUGCAACUACGCGUUGCCGGUGAUUCAAGACGGCGUCUGCACCGGCUGCAACGCCGCCUGCACCGGGCGCACCGGCCUGGCCCCCGCCGGGGGGUACGGAUGCACGUGGAGCACGUGCCCCUACCCCAACUGGAAGCCACUGGACUGCGACUGCACCGUUCUGCAGGGCGACACGCCGGGGAAAUGCUGUGUGGUGGAGCAGACUGUCUCCAGUGCAUGUGCUGCGCUAGAGUGCCGUGCAGCAUGA